CUGCCACUGAGGACACGGAACAUGCGAUCGUCACGUCAUAGCGUGACGCGGCGGCGUAGUAGAAUCUAAUGAUCCUGGACACGAGUCAGUGUCUCGUCAGAGACACGCAGUCAUACAGAGACCGCAGAAGACACAGCAUGUUACUGUGAAGCGGCUGUUUGAGCUUGAAAGACAUCAAAGACACAAAUCAAGAUAUAUAUAAAGACAUUUCUUCAUCAUCUUGGAACCACGAUGGCACGAGGCGAGGGCGCGGAGCAGUACGCAGCGAGUUUAUUAACAGUCAAACCUAUGAAUACAGAAAUCAAGACUACAAAGCCAAAGGCACAGAGGAAUCGUCUCUCCGUGUGCAGCAAACUAUGCUACGCCAUCGGUGGGGCUCCAUACCAGAUCACAGGCAGCAUUCUGGGCUUCUUCCUCCAGAUAUACCUGCUGGAUGUUGCUCAGCUGGAUCCCUUCUAUGCCUCCAUCAUCCUGUUUGUGGGCCGGGCCUGGGAUGCCGUCACAGACCCAACAGUGGGUUUUCUCGUGAGCCGGAGUAAAUGGACCAGCAUCGGCCGCAUGAUGCCCUGGAUCGUUUUCUCUACACCGUUUGCAGUGUUGACGUACUUCCUGAUCUGGUACGUGCCUCCAUUUGAGCAGGGGAAGGUCAUCUGGUACCUGAUCUUUUACUGCCUCUUCCAGUCAAUGCAGACGUGCUUCCAUGUGCCAUAUUCAGCCCUCACCAUGUUCAUCAGCAGCAACCAGAAAGAGAGGGAUUCUGCCACUGCCUAUCGUAUGAUGGUGGAGGUGCUGGGUACAGUACUGGGCACCGCGAUCCAGGGGCAGAUCGUGGGCGGUGCCUCAGAUUGUCCCACUGAGCUCAACGUCACUGAUGGCAGAAACUCAUCCAACCUGUCCGCUGCCAAAAACAACCUGUCUACUGUUUUACUGGAUAACACGAAACAAUCUUACUUGGUGGCUUCAGGAGUCGUCUCCAUCAUAUAUGUCCUCUGUGCUGUCAUCUUGUUUCUGGGUGUGAAGGAGAAAAAAGAGAGCGGUUUUAAAAAAUCAAACCUGACCUUCCGCCAGGGCCUGUGGAUGGUGAUGAGCCACGGACCGUACGUCAAACUGGUCAUCGGCUUCCUCUUCACCUCUCUGGCCUUCAUGCUGCUGGAAGGAAACUUUGCCCUUUUUCUCACCUACGCCCUUGGACACAGAAAAGAUUUCCAGAAUAUUCUGCUGGUCAUCAUGGUGGCAGGGACUCUGAGCAUCCCAGGGUGGCAGUGGUUUUUGAUCCGUUUUGGGAAGAAGACAGCAGUUUACUUUGGUAUCUCGUGGGCAGUGCCCUUCAUGAUCCUGAUUGUCUGCAUCCCGAGCAACCUGAUCGUGUCUUACCUGAUGUCAGUGGGGGCAGGUGUGAGUGUAGCAGCUGCUUUCCUGCUACCUUGGUCGAUGCUUCCUGAUGUAGUUGAUGACUUCAAGGUUAAGAACCCAGAUGUUCAUGGUCAUGAAGCCCUCUUCUACUCCUUCUAUGUGUUCUUCAUUAAGUUUGCCUCUGGGCUAUCCCUGGGUAUCUCUACCCUCAGUUUGAAAUUUGCCGGCUACAUAACCGGUAGCUGCUCACAACCCGAGACGGUCAGUUUAACCCUGAAGGUGCUGGUCUCUCCCGUGCCUGUGUGUCUUAUUGCUGUGGGACUUCUCAUAUUGAGGACCUACCCUAUUGAUGAGGAGAGGAGGCAAGGCAACCAGAAACUACUGCAGAAAAUCCUAGAUUCUGAAGCAGAUUCUGAGUCUGAAUCUUCACCUCUCAGCAACGUGUAGCAGCAGAAGACGAGCCAACAACAACAACCACCACCGUCACUGGUUUGCAUGUUUGCACAGACUGUCAUGACCACCAGACUAACAGAGAAGUGACCGCAGACACCACUGCUGCACAAACAUCAUCAGCAUCCAUCGCCCUCCUCGAGUGGGCCGCACAGGGUAAUGUGGCCCUCUAGUGGCCAACUAGUGCAGUGUCAUUUUACAUGUGAAUCAAGUAUUUUUCUGUUAAUCUCCAGCUGUAUCCCAAUUACACUGCGUUCACUUUAACUAAAAAACAAACACAAUGAUCCACAGUGUGUGUUUCAGUUAACAUAGAGCCAAAGUAUUAAGAUUAAUUUAUGCUUUUGUUGAUUUCACUUCUCAUUAUACUUUUUCUUUGUUUUUUUUUUUCCUUGUUUAGCUGAAACACGACACUGGGAUCUGUCCUUAUUUAACGUAUAAAAGGGUUUACCACUGAACUGGACAGAGAUGUGUUACCACCUCAUCACAUUUGGUGUCUGCAUCCUCUAACUGUAGCUCAACUAAAUGAAAAGCAGAGGCUCAUGGGAGCUGUAGUCGUGUUUUAACUUGGUUGCUCAACAAGUUUUUUUUCCCAAAGAUGAUCACUUUAUUGUUUACUGAGACGGUCCUGCAGCGACGUUACUAACCUCGACCAGUCGUAAGCAGCUCCUUCAUUUCUUAUGCACAUUGCAUUGUGGGACUCUUGCACUCCUCGACUUUUUGUCGCACCUCUGUGAAUUGGGACACUGCCUGUGAUUUGUAAUGUUGUUUAUGAAGUAUUUAUUUGCUGGUUUAGAAGAUCGGACCUUCGCUCAUGCAGACUUGAGGUCACUGAGGUCAGCACUAAGAGAGGCCUCUGAAGGAAGCGCACAGUAUCAGCCUUUAUUAUUAAGUUCAUACCAUCACUAUUCCACUGAUAUGAGUUGUUUGGAGCCAUAACUAUUGCUACUCUAAUUUCUUGUGAUUUCCAAUAGGUUAUUUAAUUGUACUUGAAUCUUCCGACAGGGAAAUUGCUCCUCGGGACAUGAAGUUCUGUGUGAAGAUGAUCUGAAUCACUGCCUUACACACACAUACAGUUUGUUUUAUGCUUGCCUCAGAUUGUUUGGUUUGUUUUUCUUUUGUGCUACUUGAUAAGGGGUUUCCCCAUCACACUCUCUUUGUGCUUUAACAGUGCAGCUGAUCUCCAUCAGGUUUAAUAGACGUUUCUAAAUGUGCUUUUGCAUCAAAGUCAUCUCCAGAAUAUGAAGUAAUUUCAUCCAUCAUAUUUUCACUUCCCAAGGGGAGAUUAAAUGCUUUAUUUAUCUAUUUAUUUGAAGUAUCUAAGGGAUUUAAAUUUUAGCUAUGAAAGCACAUGUUAAUAAUAAUUUAUCAACAGUGGAUGGUUAUUGAUGGAAAUGUGAUUUUCAUGUCCUGUGUAUCCCAACAUCAAAAUGGUGUUUUGCUUUUCUUUUCUGAGAAAAUUAUCACAAGUUGCCAUUAUGUGAUUAAACAAGCUGCAUUUACAGCAUCAAAACUCAAACUGCAGCAUGAGACCAGAUUUUCUAUUGUAAAGUCAUACAGGAGACAUUUGUCCUCAUUUGAUUUAACCUAAAAUCAUCUUCUACCCUUACCUGAAAUGAUUAGGUCAUAAAUAUUUCAAACCUAAAUCUUCUAUUCAAGCACAGUCUCCUGGUUUUAGGCCUUUGAAAUUGCACUAAAUAGAUUGAAGGAAGCACAUGACAUCUGUCCUCUGUGUUUAUAGACUGCUGUGUGUUUGUAAAUACUUUUUCUAAGUAUGACUACAAUGAGCAAUAUGCAGUGUGAAAUCAGAGAAAAAGAUGUGCUGUAAAUUUGUUACUUUAAGUUAGUGAAUAAAGUUUGUCAAAAAAAA